AUGAAACAUAUCCAAACCUGUGUAUCCCAAUCAAUAAACCGGGAGUACUGCUCAAAGAGUCAAUGUUAUACCGCAUUCGAAACAAGCGCGUGAGAUUUGCUCUCUCUCCUGUCUCUCUCUCUCCAUUCUACCAGUGCUGGCUGCUUCAGUGUAGUCCGAAAUCCGAUAACGACCCUUUGCUUUGAAACCGAUCCAUGUGGGCAGCUGCCGGAAUCAUUCACCCCUUAUGUCCGGUGCCGAUGAUCCUCAUACCCCACUCAUCAACCCCAAAACCUUCCCUCUGUUUCCUACUUAACAAACAUCCGCCGUUCCGUUUGCGCCGUCGACCUCCGCUGGAGAGGAAGUUCAGAGCUACGGCAGCAAAGAAACAGAAGCAGCUCCCAGAAUUGAAUACUCCCAACCAACAAGAUGGUGAAUCAACAUCAACACAAGAGAAGGGCGAUACAAGGAAUGACUUGGGAUGGUUGCCUGCGUUCCCUCACGUGUUAGUUGCUUCAUCGUCCAAUUUCUUGUUUGGUUAUCACAUUGGGGUAAUGAAUGGUCCUAUUGUAUCUAUUGCACGAGAGCUUGGUUUUGAAGGGAAGUCAUUUAUCGAGGGACUUGUCGUGAGUAUAUUCAUAGCCGGUGCUUUUAUCGGGAGCCUUAGCUGUGGUUCAUUGGUCGAUAAAUUUGGUUGUCGACGCACCUUUCAGGUUGACACAAUACCACUUAUUCUUGGUGCAAUAGUAAGUGCACAAGCUCACUCUUUGGAUGAGAUGUUCUUUGGAAGAUUUCUUGUUGGCCUUGGUAUUGGUGUGAACACUGUUCUUGUUCCUAUUUAUAUUUCAGAGGUUGCUCCAACAAAGUAUAGGGGUUCUCUUGGGACCAUUUGUCAAAUUGGCACAUGCCUUGGAAUUAUUGCAUCACUCUUUCUAGGAAUCCCUUCAGAGAAUGAUCCCCACUGGUGGAGGACGAUACUCUACCUUGCAAGCGUCCCUGGAUUUAUUUUAACCCUGGGUAUGCAGUUCGCUGUAGACAGCCCACGGUGGCUAUGUAAAGCAGGGAGACUAGAAGAUGCCAAAAAAGUUAUCCGUGACCUUUGGGGACCGUCUCACGCCGACAAAGCAAUUGAAGAAUUCCAGUCCGUCAUUAGAAGUGAUGGAGGCGAUUUGGAGAGCAGAUGGUUGGAACUCCUAGAGAAGCCACACUCUAGAGUUGCGUUCAUUGGAGGUGCCCUUUUUGUACUUCAACAGUUUGCGGGCAUAAAUGGUGUUCUUUAUUUUUCGUCAUUGACUUUUCAAGAUGUUGGAAUUACAAGCGGUGCUUUAGCAAGCCUCUACAUCGGACUUACCAACUUUGCAGGUGCACUUUGUGCUUUGUACUUGAUGGAUAAGCAAGGGAGAAAAAGGCUUCUAGUUGGAAGUUACUUUGGGAUGGCAAUAUCUAUGUUUCUUGUAGUUUAUUCAAUCACCUCUCCACUGGAUGAAGAGCUUGGUCACAACUUAUCGAUUCUGGGAACAAUCCUGUACAUAUUCAUGUUUGCUAUUGGAGCUGGGCCAGUAACUGGUCUCAUUAUUCCAGAGAUUAGCAGCAGCAGGACACGAGGGAAGAUCAUGAGUUUCAGUUUCUCAGUCCAUUGGGUUUGUAACUUCUUGGUUGGUCUUUUCUUCCUUGAGCUUGUGGAGAAACUUGGAGUCGCACCCGUUUACACAAGCUUUGGUGCGGUUUCCUUGUUGGCAGCAGCAUUUGCUUAUUAUUUCAUUGUCGAAACUAAAGGACGAUCUCUCGAGGAGAUUGAGAUGUCUUUGAAUUCUACCUCUGCAGCCAAUGACAAGUGACUGAUUUGUAGACUUGUUUACACGGACUGGUACACAAGAUGCGGAAAGGUUAUCAAGAUUGAGCCGGUCUCUUUUUUUUGGUCUUUUCAAGGGAAGAUUGAGCUAGUUGAGUACGGCUUCAAUGCAUGUUUUAGCUACUGAUUCUUCAUUUGGCAGUCUUCUGGCAUAUGUGGCUAUUUCGGAGUCUUGUGGGCUACUUGGUCCUUGUGACAUUGUACAGAGUAUUUUUACGUCAUUUUCGCAAAUAUGUGUUGUCUGCUACUCCUUUCUGGUUUGUUCUAUUAAUGGUAGGGACUUGGGAGUAUGGGGAGGAGGGCCAUACCGAGAAGGGUGCCUUGACCAUUGACAAUUGGAUUAGUACGUAAUUCUGCCAACUGGUAAUCCCAUCGAAAUUCUUCGGAGGCUCGGAGCUGAAUUCUUAGUAAGCAAAUGUUUUUCUUCCUCCAAGGCUCGCAGUAGAUUCCCAAAAUUUGAAACAAGUUUAUACUACUCGAUGUCCCAAAUUUUGGCAAUGGUAUCCACAUUAUUUGCCUCGUGCCAUAGGAGUAUUCCAGUUAAAAUUUGCAACUGGUGACCAGAUACGGCAGCUUGUCUGCUCUUUCCCAUUUAUUCAUUUAGACCACAGUUUUUUUUUUUCCCCAACAUUUAAGAGUAUUCAUACCACCUUGCGACAACUUGACUAAGUCCUCAUUUCUGUUCAAAUGGAUGGGAAAUCCGAUCCGACAUCCAACCCGCCUAAACCUUCUGAGUUUAUGCCACAGAUGUUUUGCAAUGAAACGAACAUCAACAACGACCAUGUCCCCUCCAACAAUUCAAAUCAAAUAGUAUAUUCCAAUGUACCAAAAUUUACAAUGAUUUUAGUUCCCACAGCACCUGCUCGAGCCAUGUUUCAUCUUGACAGAAUGUCAAAAACAAAAACAAAAAAUAAUACAGAAAAACAUUCGAGUUGGCUGAUAAUGUGAAACGGCCAACCAUUCCAUUGAACUGAAAACUUGACCUUUACGUUGACAAAACAAUUGCAGUUUUAGUUUCGUUUGCAUAUAUAAGGGAAGAAAAGAUGGAAGCCUCAGAUAGUCGAUCUCACAUCAAGGUGAUUCAGUCGGUAAUUCCAACUUUUUUAAAAGAAUCAUCACAGGCUUUAUCUCUUUGAACAAAAAACCAAGGUCUAAUAUAUCCAGAAAAAAAAAACAAAGGAAAAAUGGAAAACGAAACCAGAACAAAGCUGUGGUAAUGCUGAAGUAAAUGUAAUCGCAAAAACCGGCUCCGUGGACGAACGGCAUAAGAAUCGAUCCACAGGUUCCUAUCAAAUAUGCGAAACAGAAAAUUGAUUUUGGUCCAAAGAUAGCAUCGCCGGUCAAUGCUCUGCGGCUACCGUCGACGUGGCAUCGGACCUUCAAUUCAAAACAAAAACACACACACAAAUACACUACUAUUAUACAUACAUACAAGUGUAGGAGUCUAUACCGGAGGACCCUCAGAGACCCGUUUCAAAUCACGCACACUGCGGAGCACCGGAGCAACCUGAUCCCGACCGACGAGCCCUAGGAUUUGGGUAAAUCAGAGAGUUCGCAACCGGUGGAAGGGAAGAGACCGAACGCGGUGCACCGCCGGUGUAAAGUGUCAUACGGCACUUCCUAUCGAAUGGGAAUGCUUCCUCAUAGGGAACGACGAUUUCAGAAGAAAACAAAA